UAGUACUAAACUAUACAUAAUUUAACCAAUCAAUAGAGAUUACAUACUUAGUUACCGCGUAGAUUUUGCCGCGAAAACGUUACAUUCAUUGUUUAUAAAAUAGUAAUUAGUUAAAUAUUUAUUGAUAAUUUUAACAUUAUAUAAUAUUUUUUAAUUUUAAAUAAAUUUAUAAAUAAUGAUUGAAUCUGAUCAAAGUGAUAAAGAACAACAGGAUGAAAUGUCACCUUUAGCAGUUUCUAAUAAUUCUGUAGAUGUAAAUGAACAUGGAAAAAAAAGGUUACGAGAAGAAAUUUCAGAAAAUCAAAUAUUAAAUGUACCGUCUAAAAAAUUAUGUAUAUCUAUUGAUGAAACAAAAUCUGAUAAAUAUGACAUUGAAAAUAUUUCAGCAUUACAUACUGAAGAAAUAAAAGAUAAUAUAAAGGAUAUAAAAAAUAUUGAUAGUAACAAAGAUAAAAUGUUAGAAGAAAGUACAAGUGAAAUAACAAAAGAUUCGUAUGUUGAAACAUCUAAUAUUAAAAAUAAUGAAAUAUCAAUUAAUAAUGAAACUGAAAUUAAAAAAGAAAAAGAACCUAAUAUUUCACUAGAUAUAAAACAGCAGGAAAAUGUACAUAUAGAAGAAACCAUGAUAAAUCUCAAAGAAAAUAUAGAAAAUGUUACAAUAGAAGAAACAAUGGAAAUGCUUGAUAAGGAAGAUAAUGUUAAGCCAAAAAGAAAAAAUAGAAAGUUUAAAAUUGAAGAUGCUGAGGUUGUAGAAGGUUUGGAACUUUCUGUAGAAUGUGCUAGUGAUAAAGGAUCUUCAAGUUCUUCUGAAAGUGAAGAUAGAAAUAAAAGGCAACUUAUGCCCAAAACUAUAAUUAUCAAAGCAAAACCUAAUGAUUCAGAACUUGAAAUUAGUUCUUCUGAAGAAGAAAAUAAAUUAGAUUCACAGAAUAUAUCUAAACUAAAAUUUAAGAAAACUGUAAAAGGGAAAAAAAGAAAUAGAACAUCUUUUAGUGCAAUAAAAAAUACUGAUUCUGAAGAAAAUAAUGAUGAUAAUUCAGAUGAAGAUUAUAGUCCAAAAACUAAAAAGAAACUUAGAAAAUCUACAAAAUCAUCUACAGAAUCAAAAAAAGAAUAUAAUAAAGCAAAAAAAGGAAUGAAAAGAUCAAUUGAAAAUUUAGAUGGUGAAGAUGAAAAUUCUAAUAUAACAGAAGAGCUAAAAUCAGAAGAAAGUAUAUCUGAUAUAAAAUCAGGAAAAAGCAAAAGUGAAAAUGAAAGCGAAGACAGUGAAAAUACUUCUAGUGAUGGAAAAAGAAAGAAAAAUAUAAAAGCUGAAGAUGACAAAAGAAUACAAAUGUUAAAAAAAUACAUUAGAAUUGCUGGAAUACAUGUAAAAUCUUAUAAUGAUCUUUGGGGUAAUUGUAAAUCAAAUACUGCAAAAAUAAGAUGUCUCAAAGAAUUAUUGACAAAAAAUGGAAUUAUUGGCAGACCAACUGUAGAGAAAUGUAAAAAAGCUAAAAAAAGAAAUGAAAGACUUAAAGAUGUUGCUGAAUUAAAUACAAGCAAUAUUAUUUCAGAAGGACGUAUCACACGUGCUCAAAGAAAUAAAGAUCCUAAUAAAGAAUCAAUGAAAGUAUCUGAAACACCUACAAAACAUCGCGAAACACGUAAUACAUUUAAAAGAGUUUUAACUGUUAUUGACAGUGAUUCAGAAUGAAAUGUGAAUGAUUGGAGUUUACUUUGGGGAACAAUUAAUGUUUUAUCUAUUUUUGUAUCUAUUGAUUUUUGAGAAAGAAUCCUAGAAUAUUAGUUUUAAUUAGAAUCUCGUGAUAUUAAAAGUUAUUAAAAUUAUUGUAUAUUUAAACAUAAUAUUCAAUGUUAAUUUAAUAGUUGUUCUUUAUAUUUAAAUUAUAUUUAGAUUCUUAUAUUUAUAAAGUAAAGUUAAUAAAAUUAGAAUAACCUUUAAAUAUUAUAAUAAAUCUAAUGUAAAAAUAAUUAAUUAUUUAAUUAUAUUGAAUUAAUUUCAAAUAAACAUCUGUUUCUUGUUAAUAGAUGAUAUACUUCACAUAUUUCAUCUUAUAAUUUUUGGUAUUAAAAUUGACUAUUAUUUUUGGAUUUUAUUAAAUCUAUACUAUAAAAAUAGAUAAAAAAAAUUAAUGCUUCUCUAAAAUAAAUUUAAUCAUAUAUUUUUGAUUUGUUUACUUACCUUAUUAUGGUAAGUAUAUUGUAUUUAUUUUAUGUAUAUUAAAAAAAUAUUAGUAAUUAAUGAAAUAGGAUAAGAUAAAUAAUAAGAUGUAAAAUUACAAUAUUUUAAUCUAUUUUGAAAUACAGUAAAAAAAACAUUUAUAUAAAAAUUAUAUUAUAUAUAAAAUUAUAUUAUUUAGAUAUAUAUCAUCAUAAUUAUAAUUAUAAUAUUAUAAUUAUACAUAUAUAAUUCUUAUGUAUAUAAAAAUAAUAAAUAAUUCUAAUUUUAUAUAUAUAAGAAUUAUUUAUUAUAAUAUAAAAAUCUAUUUUAUAAUUGAUUUAAUAUUUUAAGUUAUUUAAUAAUUUUUUUUAGAUAUUUUUGAUUAUGAUUUUUUUUUAAAAUUACUUUCUUUUUAUACAAGUAUAUAAAAUAUAAUCAAAAUCAAAAUAAUAGAACAUUCUUUGUUAUCUUAUUAAAAAUAUUUAGUUUUUAAAUAAAUGUAACAUUUAUAGAGUUUUAAA